AUGUAUCGGUUUGAGUCUCGCCGAGUGCCACGGCUUGUGCGGGGGUCGGCCGGUGCCACGACGGCCUCGAGACGGCCGCAGGCACUUGUGCUGCUUGUCGGCUCUAAAGUGAGUCUGAGAGUGGCAGAGACGAUCAAACCGACGUGUAGGCGGACUCUCGAUUGUCUCUGCCGGCGACAGUCUCCGACGCGGAUUGGUCGUCUCUCGCUUCUGCUAACCAGCCAGCCAACCAGCCAACCAGCCAGCCGGUUCGUCGGUUGCCAACCGGCUCGUCUGUGA